UUUUUAUAUUUAGUCAGAUUGGCUUUUUCAGCAUCCAUGUUUCUCCAUUUUUUUUUAAAAAAAUUCUAUCUCUAUCUCUCUCUUUCUUAUAAUUCAUAGUUUCUUGGAUUAGGAGGAAAAGGGGGCAAAAGAAUGGGAAGAGCUCCAUGCUGUGACAAAGCCAAUGUUAAGAAAGGGCCAUGGUCUCCUGAAGAAGAUGCAAAACUCAAGUCUUAUAUUGAAAAACAUGGAACUGGUGGUAAUUGGAUUGCUUUGCCUCAAAAAAUUGGACUUAAGAGAUGUGGGAAAAGCUGUAGGUUGAGAUGGUUGAAUUAUCUUCGUCCAAAUAUUAAGCAUGGAGGUUUCUCUGAAGAAGAAGACAGAAUCAUUUGUAGUCUCUAUGUUAGUAUUGGAAGCAGGUGGUCUAUCAUAGCCGCUCAGUUACCCGGAAGAACAGAUAAUGAUAUAAAGAACUAUUGGAACACGAGGUUGAAGAAGAAGCUAUUUGGGAAGCAAAGAAAAGAUCAUCAACAACAAGCAAUAACUCGUAGAGGAAAUGGUGUAAAGCAAAUGCAGCAAAUGAAGAGAUCAUCAGAGAAUAACAACGCAACAAUAACAACAAUAGCUCAUAUGGGUGAGAAUAAUAGUUCCAUAUUUUCAUUAAACCAAUCUCAUAACAACAAUAUUCUUCCUUAUUGGCCUCAACAGCAGCACCUCCCAUUGGCUCCUCACUUCAACAGCAACUUGACUCCCUUCGGGAAGCCAAUAAUUGAAAAUGAUUUGAGCAAAUUUGGAGUUCAAUUCAUGGAUCAAGAAAGUAAUUUGUAUAGUAGCAACAACAACAAUAAUGGAAAUGGAAAUGAGUACGGAAACUAUUUACCAAUUAUGCAAGGGCAAAGUAGCAGCAGCAACAGCCAAAUGGUGGAGAUUGAGAAUUAUAAUAACAUGGCCAAUUAUGAAGAUCCAAGGAGGGUUUUGUGUGGACUUGAAUUUUUAUAUGGAGAUCAUCACAUAAUGAGUGGCAAUAACAAUGAUCUUCAAAUUUCUUCUUGCCUUCCAAAUUAUGAAGAAAUACUGCUCCAAGAUUUGUCAACUACCACUACUACUACAACUCAAGAAUAUGGAGCUAAGUUUGAUGAUUUGAGGAUAUUGGAUAACAAUGCACUAUGAUCAUGGUGGAAGCUAGGGCAUGAUGUAAAGUUAAAUAAAAAUAGACUCUCUUUAGUAAUAGAGUGAACUUGGAGACUGGGGUUUGGAUAUUUUCCUUUGAUUUAGACAAUAACUUUAGGGGGGGAAAACAUAAAUAUUGUUAUGUUUGUGAUUUUUUUCUUAAAAUCUUCUUGUUGGUUGGAAAAACUGAUUAAUUAUUACUAUAUAUAAGUAUAUUUCGUGUUUUGAUUUAA